UUAUUAGUUUUUACUUGAGGAGAGCCCUUAACACAGCAUAUGCGUUCAUUAUUAAAACUGUUUCCAUCUGACGAAGCCUUGUUACGAUCCUAGGUACAGGCCACAGAUACUUAUGUAGAUAAUUGUAUGUUCACGUGAGAUAUAUGGCCAAAUAAAGAUCGUUAGAAAGAUCGAUUGAUAUAUAAGUUAUGGCGUAAAUGUCUACGUUUUCGAAGCUAGCACAUCAUAACCCUGUGGAGAGGUCAACGUUAACAGUCCGAUAUUUAUCAACUAUAUAUUGCGUCUCAUUGCCACUACUUUGAGACAAACACGCUAUCGAGAAUGGGAUGGCAACGGGGAUGCGUGUAGGAAACCACGUUAGAACCAUAUGCCCUCGUGUGACAUCAGCCGGCGUCACCGCUGCUUCGCGGCCCGUGACGGACAAGCGCUAUCAACGGUGCGCAUCCCUUGCACUGGGGAUGUCUGAAGCUUAUAAAAGGACCUCCUCUCGUGAGGUCUUCAGAUGAGCGUUCUCCAAGACCCGCUGGUUGAACUCGGAAGCUCUUCGGUCGGGGACUGUCCAGAGACCUGCGUCAGGCACGGCUAUGCGGCUAAGAGCAUCCCAGCUAGCUUUGGUUGUCUUGGUCCUAGUGCCCUGCUCAACGGCCACGACUCCCUACGUCAAUGGAACCCUCGUGACCAACCCCGCCACGAGGGCCGCGCUGGUGGCCGGGGCUCUGCCGGCAACACUGGGACUGGGCAGCCUGCUUUAUGGUCUCACAGUUCUUCCCGCUCUGGUGGCUCUUUUCGGCGGCGGAGGAUUUCCGCUGGCGGGGUUGUUCAGCAGUCUGUUUCGCCAGAAGAGUAUACGCAGGUCCUCGGGCAGUGACGGCAGCGCGACCGGCGGCAAGGAAGACAGCAACGCUUUCCUCUCCCUGGCGCAAGAGGCCCUCCAACGCUGGGACAAGGCGCCCGAUCCCUGCCGCAGGAUGUUCAUCUGUCAGCUGUCGAGGGAGGCCCUCCAGGCGGGAUUUUUGCCCGAUCUCCGACCUCUCGACGACAUCUUCUCGGGAAUCUUCGGGGACUUCACCAAGCCAUUGAAAGGCAAAGAAGGAACCAUGUUCCCGCACCAGGAUCUAUUCAUAGCUGCCAGAGACGGUCUUCGUGGCUGCAAGACCAAAUACAACUGCGACGCUCCACUAAAGCCGCCUAGAUAUCCGAGGAAGAAAACUCCAUAGAACGAAGCUCUCAGCCGCUGAAAAGUGCUAAAAUGGAAAACAAAAACCUAGAACCAGGCAUGCUUUGUACGCGCUGGUGGACCUUCUUCUGACACUGAAUGUUUCAAGGCUGACUUCACUUUUUACACUUUUCCGUUAAGAUCUGACGGGAAGGAACCGUACAAAAAAAGACCAGGAAAACAAAGGAGGUAUCGGAAGAUAACAGAGGAGACGAAAGAGACAUGACAACGGGGGGGUCCUUGUUUUUUUUUUUUUUUUUUUUUUGUUUUUGCGCUGUUAAUGGUUAGAACGAAUCACCAACCAGAACCUCACUUGUCACCAGCUUGCGUAAGUUUCCUUAAAAUUAAAAGCGUGAGAGAUAAGACGUGCAAACGGAAGAAGAAAGGAAAAUUAGCCACGUUUCGGGCGCACGCCCUUUGUUUGCCAGGCAAGAUUUGUAACCUUGUCCAACUUCAAAGGCGAUUUGAAGGAAGGCGAUAUUGAGCUUCAACUGUGAAGUUGCUUCGCUCGCUCAGAUCAUCAUCAUCAUUUCUCCAAAUCAUUAAUUAAUCUCUGUGAAGCUCGUGUAAAAAAAUCAAAUUAAACGACAUGCUAAAUUACGUGGACUCCAAAUAAUUUGAAAAGUGCGUCCUGGUACCGAAUUAGACUACUUUCUUACUUCCACUAAAUGACGGGGUACAAAAUUCAACGAGAAAGGAGUAUAAUAUUUUUUUCUAGGCUCGACUAGCGUCAGGCGGAGCCUGGUUAGGUUGCAUAUGUCUGUGCCGUGGAGAUCUCGGUUUAAGUUCUUACACGAAGGAGGUUGGUUUCGCGUAUAGUCUCAUCCAGGAACGGUUUGAGACUGAGAACCGUUAAUCCAAGGUCACACUUUUUGUACAUCAUACAAAACGACACGGAGUUUCUCCGCAGACAUGAUAAUCAGACUCAUCUGUGGACACGCCUCAGAAAUCUCCGAGGCGUGUUUGCUCCAUAUAUAUACACGUGUGCUUGGAACAUAUCUGCGGACAGUUUUUGCAUAACCAAUGGGAGAAACACGCCUGAGAAAGUGUCUGCAGACGGUAUUAUGCAUUGGCAGUGCGCCCGCGACGUUAGUAAUGUUGAGCCAGUCCACACGGACUCGAAACUGAGCGGCAUAACCGAUACUAUAGCUCCUGAUGGGUCUGGAAUUUUCGAAACCCUGCAGGAACCUCGUGUACCAGAAAUUGCGUUCGUCGUUGGUCUUAGAGACACUGGCAACAUUUUGGUGAAAUCCGUUCCGGAACUGAGUUCAAGAUUGCAAAUAUGUGGUUUGUGUUAGUCGUUCUUUUUGGUAAAACACGAUUCUAAAUGAUGAGGUGACUUAUGAGUGACGCGCAUUUUUCUUCUUGCUAGUGCGAUUCGUGAACGCGAAGCAGCCUGUCCUUUGCAGCUCUUGCUCCGUGAACUGUUGGGUUCAGAAGAUUGAAAACUUGUCCCUGGGUAUGAAUUUUUCACAACUCGUCGACGGCUUAUCAUUCCGCACACACACGAUUGGGACCUGUGAUCUUUUAUGUGUUCCAAAUUGCGAUAAAUCUAAAGGUCACGUUUCUUUGACAAGUUUACUCUGGUCCAGAUCUUACCCCUGCGGUUCGACGAAAUAGAAGUGCUAAUGAACCUUGUGUUCGUACUUUCGGUAUACUGUGUAUAGAUAUGCUGUUUGUCCCAGGUGCGUCUGUAUAAUGAAUUUGAGUAAACCCUUGGAUUCGCUGCCUUCUCA